GAGCUUGAUGCCACGGACCCUGGAGGGGCAGAUCACCAUGGAGAAGACCCCCAGCUACUUCGUCACCAAGGAGGCGCCUCGGCGCAUCUACAACAUGUCCCGUGCCACCAAGCUGAUCGUGGUGGUGAGGAACCCUGUCACCAGGGCCAUCUCGGACUACACCCAGACGCUCUCCAAGAACCCUUCCAUCCCCAGCUUCCGAGCCCUGCUCUUCAAGAACGCCAGCACGGGGCUGAUCGACACGAGCUGGAGCGCGGUGAGGAUCGGGAUCUACGCCAAGCACCUGGACAACUGGCUGCAGUACUUCCCCUUGUCCAAAUUCCUCUUCGUCAGCGGGGAGAGGCUCGUCAGCGACCCCGCCGGGGAGAUGGGGCGAGUCCAAGACUUCCUGGGGCUCCAGAGGGUGGUGACGGAGAAACAUUUCUAUUUUAACGAGACCAAGGGCUUCCCUUGCCUGCAGAAGCCGGAGGGAGGGGGCAGACCCCGCUGCCUGGGCAAAUCCAAGGGGAGACCUCACCCCAAAAUCGACGGGGGGGUGGUGCAGCGCCUGCGGGAGUUUUACAGACCCUUCAACAUGAAGUUCUAUCAGAUGACGGGGCAGGAUUUCGGGUGGGACUGA